AUGAAUUUUUGUAAAGUUAGCUAGCGCUAUAUAUAUUAUGUGCAUUAAUUAUGUAUAAAAAUCCAAAGUUAUUAAAAAUAUAUAAUUUUAAUUAAUAUAAAAAAUAUCUUUUGUCUAUCAAUAGCUUUAAACAUACAAAAUAAGUAUAGCAUACAAGCAAAAAAAAAGAAAAAUGAAUCAAUAAGAUAACGAAAAUAAAAUUAACUUCUCAGCCUAGAGUGUUCGUUAUAUUUGUGGAUAUUGUGGAGAAGAAGUUGUUUUAGAAGAUGCCUAGAGAACUAGAAUUAAAUGUUCUCGCUGCGCAAGAAAUAUUCUUUACAAAAAGAGACGUUCAGAUUAAAAAUUUUUCUAAUAUGA